AUGGAAAACCAGUCCAGCGUUUCUGAAUUUUUCCUCCGAGGAAUAUCAGUGUCUCCAGAGCAACAGUCUCUCUUCGGAAUUUUCCUGUGUGUAUAUCUUGUCACCUUGACUGGGAACCUGCUCAUCAUCCUGGCCAUUGGCUCUGACCUGCACCUCCACACCCCCAUGUGCUUUUUCUUGGCCAACCUGUCUUUUGUUGACAUGGGUUUAACCUCCUCCACAGUUUCCAAGAUGCUGGUGAAUGUACAGACGCGGCAUCACACCAUCUCCUACACGGGUUGCCUCACGCAAAUGUAUUUCUUUCUGAUGUUUGGUGAUCUGGACAGCUUCUUCCUGGCUGCCAUGGCGUAUGACCGCUAUGUGGCCAUUUGCCACCCCCUCUACUACUCCACAGUCAUGAGCCCCCAAGUCUGUGCCCUAAUCCUCGUGUUGUGCUGGGUCCUCACCAACGUUGUUGCCUUGACCCACACACUCCUCAUGGCUCGACUGUCCUUCUGUGUGACUGGGGAAAUUGCUCACUUUUUCUGUGACAUCACUCCUGUCCUGAAGCUAUCAUGUUCUGACACCCACAUCAAUGAGAUGAUGGUUUUUGUCUUGGGAGGCACAGUACUCAUCAUCCCCUUUCUAUGCAUUGUCACCUCCUACAUCUACAUUGUGCCUGCUAUUCUGAGGGUCCGAACCCAUGGUGGGGCGGGCAAGGCCUUUUCCACCUGCAGUUCCCACCUCUGCAUUGUUUGUGUGUUCUAUGGGACCCUCUUCAGUGCCUACCUGUGUCCUCCCUCUAUCGCCUCUGAAGAUAAGGACAUUGCAACAGCUGCAAUGUAUACCAUAGUGACUCCCACGUUGAACCCUUUUAUCUAUAGCCUAAGGAAUAAGGACAUGAAGAGGGCCCUCAAGAGGCUCUUCAGUCAGAGGAAAAUUUUUGCUCUUAGAUAG